GAGAAAGUUCGCAGUCCCUAAUGUUUUAACAUGCUUGGAAUGACAGUCGCGUUAGGCAAUUCCAGUUUAAGAGGAUAAAUGCUUUAUUUAUUACUUGUAACCAAAUGGAGUGUGUUAUUCUGUUUCCAGUUUCAUGUGUUUGUGUUUAGCCUGCAGCGACACGAUUUCAAUCCAAAUUAUAUCCCACAAAAAUAGUCUUUAGGGAUAUUCGUUUGACCUUAUGACGGUUUAUUAGUACUAAUCACACCAACAGUGACAAUUAUAACUAUAAAGCAAAGGGAAAUCGCCACGUAAAGUCAGAUAUGCAAAAAACUAAAUUAAUAAUAACCCGAACACAAAAAUACGAGGCAUAAAAUGGAGGUGAACGUGGUGUGACGGACUUCGGAAGAAUUCAUUAACUGGCAAUUAAGCAGUAAUUAACAAAUUCCUCCAAAGUCCAUCACACUAGGUUUACAGUGGUAUCAAGGCCAUGGUGUGACACUGCGCAUGCGCUGGAACGCUUAGUGUUUUGGCGCGUGGAUUCAAAGCAAACAUGGAGCUUGUAAGCGCGCUGGAUUUGCUGAAAAUAAAAACCGUUUCAAGAGUCUGGGUAGACGGUGUUUGGGACUUGGAAUUCACCGAAGCGGAACCGUUAGAUGUAGCUGUUGAAGAUGAGCUCAUUAGUAAUGGGCCCGAUGCCUUCAGAACUGUUUACAAACUCCUCCUGCCAUUUGCGACAGACGGCGAAGGAAACGCCGAAAAUGUUUGGACGGUGCUGGGUGACAGUGGGAUUUCUACCAAGGGCCUGGUUGCCGUGCUGUCCCACUUUGUGGUUAGACGUAACUUCAAAACAGCUAAUCUUACUCAUCGUUUGGUUGCGCUGCAGGCAGCUUCAAUCUACCUACUGCUUCUAGGAAUACCAGGUAGUGUAGCAAACAAAGUGUUCCACCCAGUUUUGUUUGAUGCCUGUCUGGAUUUGGCAAAAAAGUGCUGGCCCCAGGAUUCGGGCAAGAAGCGCAAGAAGGAAGCAUUCAAGAGUUCCCAGGGUGAUUCCAAAGGCAGGAAACGACCAAAACCCCAUAGGAGGGCUGAUGAGGAAGAGAUGGAGACCGACGUGUUUGAGGAAGACAACCAGGAUGAGGAAAUGUUCUUCUCUGCCCGAGAUCUGUUGGAGAUCAGGAAUGGAAUUGUCCUUCUUGUCAAAACUCUCCUGAAGCUCCUGAUGAGGUUUUCCCUGAAAGACAAGCCCCAGUGCGUUCUGAAAUGUGCCAAGAUUUUCACUGAGCUCACCCAUUUCGAACCGGUGAUUGGUGAACUCGCGUUUGAGAAGGAACCGGUCAUUGAUGACAUGGGGUCGCUGCCGGAGUUGGCCUACCAUGGACUGAAACUUCUCUGCUUACCAAAGCACGGAGAAGGGACUGAGACUGUGAAGCUGGUCUUCCACAGACUCCUGUACGUGUUGCUCAUGAUGAGUGAAGGAGAUUCAUCUCACCCUUCGCUGCUGGUUCCCGGGGCGGCCGUGUUUACCGCCCGAGAUCAGGCUAUUAAAUUUGUAUGCCACAUUGUCGACGAGCUGAAAGAAGUCGUCCUGCCGACCCUUUGCAUCCUGCUCCAACACAUCUGUGUGCAGAUGGUUGACAAGGUGGAGUAUCGCAACAGUGGAGCACAGGCCGUUGUGAAACUGCUGGCCAAAAUGCCUUGUGCCGAGUACACCUCCUUUAUGAAGUGGUUCCAUGCCUUCUCCUUACACUCAAAGGUCGCACGCAGGAUGUUUGCCCUAGACGUGGUGAUGGCCCUAAUCGAGCAGCCCGAACGCCAACCUGAGGCCUCCCUGUCUCCAGAGCAGGCUGUCUUCCUGCAGCACAAGUUCCUGGUCCAAGUGAUGGUGUUCGGGCGGCGUUCGGACCGGGCGCCCUCGGUGCGGGGCCACGCCCUCUCCUGCCUGGCUCAGUGUCUGGAGCUGCAGUCUCCCAACACGGUGGAGAACAUCCAGGAGCUCUUCUCAGCCACUUCUGCACAGACAGUUCUUGAGACAGAAGGCUGUGAGGUCACCAGUAACGUCCAUGAGACAAACCUGCAAAAGAUGGGCAUAAACUUCAAAACCAUAGAGAUGACUGGAAAGGGGGAAGUGACCACUUUUGAAUCAAAAGAGACGAUGGCUUUGCUGAAGAGACGCUCAAGCGAUGAGAAGACCAAUGUGAGGAAGUCAGCCUUGCAGGCACUGAUGAGCCUCCUGAAGCACAGCGUGAUCCCUUGCACCCAGGAGAACCUGGCCGUCCUAUCUGACCGCUGUCGGGACCCUGCUGUCUCCGUCAAGAAGAAGGCCCUCCAGUGUCUCAUGGACCUUCUUACUGCUUUGCCUGGGUCCGGUCUGGUGCAGAUGGCCUGGCUGAGGGGAGUAGUUCCCGCAGUCGUCGAUUCCGAGAGCUCGGUCCAGGAGAAGGCCCUGGAAUGCCUGGACCAGGCCAUAAUCAGCCAGAUUAAGAGUGGCAGCGCAUACAGCGACCAGCAUGUCCCACAGAAGCUAGCCUGGGACUUGCUUGGGCUGCUGUGUGGAGAGAGCCAGGACCUUGGCCGUUACUUCAGCAAGGCCUUCGUCAUCUGGUCCAAGCAGAAUAAGUUCUCCUCUGCUUUUGUCAACCACCUGAUCUCCCACACGGGGCUGGAACACGCCUCGGCCGCCUGGCUGCUACUCUCCAAGGUGGCAGGUACCUGCUCCGGGCUCAACUAUGGCAAGAUCCUGGAUGUCUGGGAUGAAAUGAUCAGGACAAGCAAUGUCCCAGCUUCCACAUCUUGUCACAUCCUGUGCGUGAUCGGGGACAUUGCCGCACAUCUCAAUGACGAAACGAAGGGCAGGAUUGUGGACGAUAUCAUGAAGUGGCUGAAGAGUUUCGAGGUGCCCCUAGAGAUCAUUGGUGCCUCUAUAGAGACCCUGUUCCAGCUGCUGAAGGUUGAGGCAGUCAAGGACACGCAGAGGGUGCUGAACAAACACUGCGGGGAGCUAGUCUCCAUCUGUGAGUCCUACCUCUCCAGUGUCAUCUUGAGCGAAGAUGGCCUGCAGAACUUCAGUGAAGAUUUAGUGGUCAAGCACUUGUAUACCCUUGGGUUCGCUGCCCUUCAGUGUCCCGCCCAAGUCGGGAAACGCACCUUUCUCCUCGUUCAGUCCAUCCUGGCCUCAAACGUCGAGCUCCCGUCAGCUGACAAGCCGGAUGAGCUCCCCGCCAGUCAGCCCCUGUCGCAGUUCAAGGCCUCCUCCAUGCCGACUGUGGUCCGAGCUCAUGCCUUCAUCACCCUGGGCAAGCUGUGUCUGCAGAAUGAGGAGCUGGCCAAGAGCUGCAUCCCGGCGCUGGCCCGCGAGCUGGAGGUGAGCACCGAGGUGCCGGUGCGCGGCAACGUGGUGGUGGUGAUGUGCGACCUGUGCAUGCGCUACACCACCAUGGUGGACCGCUACAUCCCCAACAUCUCGGCCUGCCUGAAGGACCGCGAGCCGCUCAUCCGCGAGCAGACCCUCAUCCUGCUCACCAACCUCCUGCAGGAGGAGUUUGUGAAGUGGAGGGGCUCACUGUUCUUCCGAUUCGUGGCUGUGCUCGUGGACCCCGAGCCUAAGAUUGCCAGUCUCUGCGAAUUCUGCUUAGUUCACCUGCUCCUUAAAAGGAACCCGACCAUGUUCUCUCAGCACUUCAUCGAGUGCAUUUUCCACUUCAACUCCUACGAGAAGCACGAGAAGUACAACAAGUUUCCGCAAACGGCCAGAGAGAGAGACCAGUUCUCUUUGCAAGGGGCAAAAAACAAGGAGAAGAGGAUGAAGAUCUACAGAUUCUUACUGGAGCAUUUCACGGAUGAGCAACGCUUCAAUAUCACCACCAAAAUCAGCCAGACUAUUCUUGCAAACUUUGUGGACGGGAUACUGCCUCUGGACGCAGAGGGGGCUGAGAUACUCUCGGACGCCUUUGACGUGUUGAGCCUGAAGGAGAUUAAGCUUUCGGCCAUGCGCAGCCCCGUGGAGAGGGACGAGCAGCAGGACGAUGAGCAGCUGGCCAUGGCCAACGCCGUCAUGCAGGUGGCCCAGAAGAAGCUCAUCUCGCAGGUCCAGAAGAAGAAUUUCAUCGAGAAUGUGAUUCCUAUUAUCAUUGCGCUGAAAACCAUGCUUGAGAAGAAACGCUUCCCAGUGCUGAAGGACCUCAUGGGCUAUCUGCAGGUGAUGAUGCAGGACUACCGCAGCGAGGUGAAGGACUUCUUCGUGGCAGAUGAACAGCUGGCCGCCGAGCUGGAGUAUGACAUGAAGAGGUUUGAAAAGGAGCAGGAGAUGGAGCAGCAGAUGUCGAGCUGCGGACUGACUGACUCCCGCCCUGCCAGCACACUGGCCUCCAACGUCAUGGCAGGAGCUGCUCUGGCUCCUGUUCCCGCAUCCCCCAGUCCUUCUGUGGGUAGGGCAGUGUUGAUGGUCCAGGCCACACCCCAGGUGCCAGGCUCUGCGCCCCCCUGCUUCCUUUCCUCGAAAAAUGUGGGCUCAUCCAGCAGGCGUCAGACUCUCAGCACCAGCGAGGUACUCAGCAAGGCCCGGACAGCAGCGAGAACGAGUAGGCUGCUUCGCGGUCGUGCGGGGUCGGCCAGCGACCAAAACACUCCCGUCAAUGGUUCAGCAAUGAUCUCCAGGCAUCUUCAGGGUUCCACCACCGGAGAUUCUUCUGUUGCCAACCGGGCCAUCAGUACUCCGCAAAGGACCAUGAGUGAGGUGACCUUUGGGGAUGGUCUCAGUGUCAUCUUCAGUGCCCAUGGGACAGAGCCUAGGAGUCCGGGAAGCCAGGACAACGUGCUUUUCCUGAUGUCUCCAGAUAAGCCACGUGCCCCUCCCAGACAGUGGAAUGUGGAGUCUCCCCUCUGCCGGAAGACUAGAGGACGUCGGCUGUAGGCUGACCCCUCUUGUGGGGGGAGACCCCUCUUGUGGGGGGAGACCCCUCUCGUGGGGGGAGUCCCCUCUGAUAAGAUGUCCCGUUUGUACACCCGCUUCUUCUUUUUUUCUUUCUCCAUGGAGUGUAUAAAUAAAGACACGACAGCGCACUAGGAGUUAACUUUAUUAAUCGAAAUAUACAGUUGGAGAACUCCCACAAGAUGUGUACCAGGCCCCAACAGAGGACAUUUCCAGAGACAAACAUGAAAACCAGUAGCAGGGAAUCGGCGCCCUUUCAGAAAAAUCUGCGAUUUUAAUGUCCAAACCAGUGGAGCUGAGUAUCGCCGCUGAAAUCAACAGGGGGUGUGUAACAUCAACACUGUUAAAGGGUUUGUGGACCUAGCUGACCAUUGUUGCUUAGCCCCCUUUAAGGAAUUAUUUUCCAAUCUUUACUGGUUUCUUUUUUGUACAUUAGAAACUCUUCAUCUUUAAUAAGUUAAAUGUCAGGAGUUCCCUUUUACUGCAGUCAUUGCUUAAUCCCAAACAUUUGCUCCCUCAUUGUCACAUUGAUUGUGUUUGUGCCAACAUGACACAAUUUUUAAAGUUUCACUUCACAAU